GAAAUCGUCGACUACGCAAUCUCCAUCAAUGAAAUCCUCAUGAAAGUACCGCCGCGGUACCCGUAUGUAUGUCAACCAGCUGAAGUAGCCUGGAACCACCCUUACGAGAGCCGACUACGAAGGCGCUGGUUGGAUUGUCUUCGCGCUCAAAUUGCUCAAAACCAUCCACACGGUUGUAGGCAGGCACUGGAGCGGCAAAGAUUAUCGGGUCAAGUGGCAGGCAUAGCAGGAGACGAGAUCCAAGAGGUGGUGAGAGAGAAGUUCUCCAGCAUUCAGGAACAGAUGCCUAACUCUGCCUUCGAGAUGGUUGUGCCUAAGCGGACUGACAUAACGCCGGGGAUUGCUUAG